AAGCGGCAGGGCACAUUGAAAACCCGCCUUAUUUUGUACAAUUAUCCCGCCUAGUUCUGCUACGAAGCAUUUAUGUAGGUAUAAUAGUUUGAACCAGUUUGAAUAGCCACGUACUAAUUCAAAUGAGACUUCGGUUAUUUUUUUCCUUUCUAUUCUAGUGACCUCGAGGAAUCAUACUAUAUACCCCGAGCGAGUAGGUGAGCUCACUUGGCUAUAACCUGUAGACGUUGCUAACACUAACCCUAGCAAGAGCAGUGCUUCGUAGAAUCUACCACCGAAUCGGAAACGCGACCCACUGAGUAGAUCAGGCGAGUAUCUUAGUGGGCUAAUUCGGUCUCAUGUCUUAAGGAUACGUUGGGCUUCGUUAAGUGUUUAACAUCAAAUGGGUCCUGAGCUCAUCUGCCCAACACAGCUAGUAAUUAAUAGAUAUAAUAAAAUAGUAAAGAAUAUAGUCUGACUUUCAUCCCAUUGCUGAGCACGAGUCUCUAUCCACGCGAUAUAAAGUAUAGUCCACGCAGGCGUGGCUACGUGCGGAAGGCUAGUGAAUAUAAUUUCAUUUUUUUUAGUGCUAUAACAAUAAAUUUUAAUUAUGUCACUCGUAAAGAGAUCUCUAUUUUAAGCAGCUUGUAAUACUACAAUUUCAAAAACAAAUUACCUACUUUUACAAACCUAACGAUCGACCUUAGAAACCGCAAACUCGAGCCUGCAUUAAUUCAGAUGGACUUUAGUAUUAACACCGUAAUUUUAUAAGAUGGUAAACCAUACAUAAAUAUACAAUCAACUUUAUUCCAGAAAUGCUUUUUUAAAUCUUUUACACACGAGCUUAGUAACCAAUUCUAUCGAUUUAACACUAUUUCGUAAACUUGAUAAUUUCGUCAUGGAAAAACCAGAGAAAACUGAAUUUGUUUAUGAAUACACAAGAAGAAGACGUGAUUUUGGAAAACAAACAUUAUUCGAAGACUAUGGACCAAUUAUGACGGUUAGCAUUGUCAGCAAUCAAGCUCUUUAUAACAAUUACAUUCUCAGGAAUCCCGUGCAUGUCGGAAUCCAAAAUACCGGCACAAUGUCCGAACACUGGGUUAAUUCAGUCAGAGCUGAGUACACCAGUUCUGGUAUAAAUCACGUGGAAGGCGGAUGGCCUAAAGAUAUAAACAUGAACGACCCCGAAGCUGUUCAGCGCUACCGUCGUAAAAUUGAAAAAGACGACGCAUAUAUUCACGCUGUUAUGCAUUUAGGUCAUGGUAUGGAACACAACAUACUUCAGAACAACGCUAUAGAUAUGUUCGAGUCUUAUUACUCUGAUGUUCCCGAAAUACCUCCGGUCGAGAAGAGUAGUUGUCACACUGUGAACGUCUACCGAGAGCCUGGAGCCAGGAGGCCCGUUCGGUCGUUGUCGUGGCAAGCCGACGGCGGAGCAAGAUUUGCAGCUGCUCAUGCUGACGUCGAAUUAAUGAGAAGCUGUCGAAGCUCACAGUUUUCUUACAUUUGGGAUAUUGAGAAUGCAAACGCCCCGGAAUUGGUAAUAAAGCCGCCACAGCCGUUAUUAGAUUUGCAGUACAACCCUCGCGACCAACAUAUUCUUGUAGGGGGGAUGAUGAACGGGCAGGUUGGUUGGUGGGAUGUUCGGAAAGGCGGGGAUCCAGCUGGCCUAUGUCUUCCGCACGUAGCACAUCGUGAUAUAGUUCGUAAUGUUCUGUUUAUCAACUCGAAAAUCGGAGCAGAAUUCUUCUCCUCGUCGCCCGACGGGGUUGUGAAAUGGUGGGAUACGCGAAAUAUGAGUGAACCGACUGAUUCAAUGAUUAUCGACAUUGUAAAAUCUGCAACAGACACGCAAAAUAUCGACAAUGCCAUCGGAAUCUCAGCUCUUGAGUACGAACCAACAAUACCAACUAGAUUUAUGGUUGGCACUGAAACUGGUUUGGUCAUCGGAGGAAAUCGUAAAGGAAAAAAUCCCUUAGAAAAACUUCCCUCUAAAUACGAAGCUCACUUGGGACCGGUUUACGCUCUUCAGAGAAACCCAACAUUCCUCAAGAAUUUCUUAACAGUGGGCGAUUGGACAGCUCGGGUUUGGAGCGAGGAUUGCAGGGAGUCCUCUAUUUUGUGGACAUAUUCGCAUCGCACGAACCUGACUGAUGGCGCAUGGAAUCCCAUUAGGUUUUCUUUAAUGCUUGUGACUCAGUGGGACGGAUGCCUGUCCUGUUGGGACUUGCUGAGGAGACGCAGCGCGCCCAUUGUUACUGCGCAGCUUUGCGACGAGCCCUUACUGCGCCUUCGACCACACGAGGGGGGACUCCUGGUCGCUUGCGGUAGCAGCAAAGGCACUGUAUACCUAGCAGAACUGUCACAAAAUCUCGGAACAGCUGACAAGAACGACAAACAAUUGUUGACACACAUCUUCGACAGAGAAAAUAAACGCGAACGUAUACUUGAAGCACGUAUGAGAGAGCUCAAGUUAAAAAUGAGACAAGACCGCGACGGCGGGCCGCAGAACCAGGAGAACGACGCUUCGACAAACGACAGGGAUUUAGAGGAAGCGACUGCCGAGUACGUGCAGACUAUAAGCGACUUACAAGCUCAACAAAAGUCCCAAUCCAAUUAAUCCAGUUAGAGUAUUCGAGGAAUAAUAUAAAAUUUUAUUAAUGCAGCUAUCGGUUAGAGGAAGCGACUGCCGAGUACGUGCAGACUAUAAGCGACUUACAAGCUCAACAAAAGUCCCAAUCCAAUUAAUCCAGUUAGAGUAUUCGAGGAAUAAUAUAAAAUUUUAUUAAUGCAGCUAUCGGUUAUCUAAAACUGUAACUGAAUCCGCUUUUAGAGUUACUGACAAUUUCAAAUAGAAUUUUUAAAUAUAUAAUUUUAUUUUGUAGUCAAGCUCAAAUUUUUGCAACCAAUUUCCUUAACGGUUUAACUCCUACAAAUUUUCAAGUAAUGAAAGAGCGUCAAGCCCCUCUAUGCAACUCUCUCUCUCUCUCUCUCUCUAUCCCCCCCCUCUCUCUCUAUCCCCCUCUCUCUUUUUCUCUAUCCCCCUCUCUCUUUCUCUAUCCCCUCUCUCUCACUCAUGUUUAUUUGUGAUUUUAUGUUAUUGUUUUCAAUUUAUAAUAAAUUUACAAUUUACAAUAAAUUGAUAAUAUAUUUUUCAAUAUUCGAGCCUUCGAAUUAUUUAGUUAUUAUUGUCACAGACAAAUUUACUACUAUUAUAAUAAGUGACAGAUUUCGGAUCCGUUAUCAAUAUUAAUGUUAGUAAUAAAUUUAUUAAAUAAUUAAUUAAUAGUUCCUAGGAGAUAUGUUAUUGAAGCUUCAAUCAAGACGAGCGUAAAGAACAGAAUCAUGGAAUAAAAAUAUUUAAUUUUGAA